AUGAUGAUGAUGAUGAUGAUGAAAAAAAUGCAGCAUCAACGGCAGCAGCAAGCGGACCACGCGAACGAGGCAAACUAUGCAAGAGGCACCAGGCUCCCUCUUUCUGGUGAAGGACCAACUUCUCAGCCGAAUAGCUCCAAGCAAACCGUCCUGUCUUGGCAAGCUGCAAUCGACGCUGCUAGGCAGGCUAAGGCUGCCCAAACUAUGAGCACCUCCGCACCCCCACCUGUCGGAUCUCUCUCCCAAAGAAAACGUCAGCAAUACGCCAAGAGCAAAAAACAGGGUAACUCAUCCAACAGCCGACCUGCCCGUGCCCUUUUCUGUUUGUCUCUCAAUAACCCCAUCCGAAGAGCCUGCAUUAGUAUAGUGGAAUGGAAACCAUUUGACAUAUUUAUAUUAUUGGCUAUUUUUGCCAAUUGUGUGGCCUUAGCUAUUUACAUCCCAUUCCCUGAAGAUGAUUCUAAUUCAACAAAUCAUAACUUGGAAAAAGUAGAAUAUGCCUUCCUGAUUAUUUUUACAGUCGAAACAUUUUUGAAGAUUAUAGCAUAUGGAUUAUUGCUGCAUCCUAAUGCUUAUGUUAGGAAUGGAUGGAAUUUACUGGAUUUUGUUAUAGUCAUAGUAGGAUUGUUUAGUGUAAUUUUGGAACAAUUAACCAAAGAAACAGAAGGCGGUAACCACUCCAGUGGCAAAUCAGGAGGCUUUGACGUCAAAGCCCUCCGCGCCUUUCGAGUGUUACGACCACUUCGACUAGUAUCAGGAGUGCCCAGUUUACAAGUUGUCCUGAACUCCAUUAUAAAAGCCAUGGUUCCCCUCCUUCACAUAGCCCUUUUGGUAUUAUUUGUAAUCAUAAUCUAUGCUAUUAUAGGAUUGGAGCUUUUUAUUGGAAAAAUGCACAAAACAUGUUUUUUUGCUGACUCAGAUGUGGUGGCUGAAGAGGACCCAGCGCCGUGUGCGUUCUCAGGGAACGGACGCCAGUGCGCCGCCAAUGGAACGGAGUGUAGGAGUGGCUGGGUUGGCCCCAAUGGCGGCAUCACCAACUUUGACAACUUUGCCUUUGCCAUGCUCACUGUGUUCCAGUGCAUCACCAUGGAGGGCUGGACAGACGUGCUCUACUGGGUGAAUGAUGCGAUAGGAUGGGAAUGGCCAUGGGUGUAUUUUGUUAGUCUCAUCAUCCUUGGCUCAUUUUUCGUCCUUAACCUGGUUCUUGGUGUCCUUAGUGGAGAGUUCUCGAAGGAAAGGGAGAAAGCGAAGGCACGGGGAGACUUCCAGAAGCUCCGGGAGAAGCAGCAGCUGGAAGAGGAUCUUAAGGGCUACUUGGACUGGAUCACCCAAGCAGAAGACAUUGAUCCUGAGAAUGAAGAAGAAGGAGGGGAGGAGAGCAAACGAAAUACCAGCAUGCCCACCAGUGAGACGGAGUCUGUGAACACAGAGAACGUGAGCGGAGAAGGCGAGAACCGAGGCUGCUGCGGGAGUCUCUGUCAAGCCAUCUCAAAGUCCAAGCUCAGCCGCCGCUGGCGCCGCUGGAACCGCUUCAGUCGCAGAAGGUGUAGGGCCGCCGUGAAGUCCGUCACGUUUUACUGGCUGGUCAUUGUCCUGGUGUUUCUCAACACCUUAACCAUUUCCUCCGAGCACUACAACCAGCCUGACUGGUUGACACAGAUUCAAGAUAUCGCUAACAAAGUCCUCUUGGCUCUGUUCACCUGUGAGAUGCUGGUCAAAAUGUACAGCUUGGGUCUCCAGGCGUACUUUGUCUCUCUUUUCAAUCGGUUUGAUUGCUUCGUGGUGUGCGGCGGAAUUACCGAGACGAUCCUGGUGGAACUGGAAAUCAUGUCUCCCCUGGGCAUCUCUGUGUUCCGCUGUGUGCGGCUCUUGAGAAUUUUCAAAGUGACCAGGCACUGGACCUCCCUGAGCAACUUGGUGGCAUCCUUGUUAAACUCCAUGAAGUCUAUCGCUUCGCUGUUGCUUCUGCUUUUUCUCUUCAUCAUCAUCUUCUCCUUGCUGGGGAUGCAGCUGUUUGGCGGCAAGUUUAAUUUUGACGAAACGCAAACCAAGCGGAGCACCUUCGAUAAUUUCCCGCAAGCGCUUCUCACAGUGUUCCAGAUCCUGACAGGCGAAGACUGGAAUGCUGUGAUGUAUGACGGUAUCAUGGCAUACGGGGGCCCAUCAUCUUCUGGAAUGAUCGUCUGCAUCUACUUCAUCAUCCUCUUCAUUUGCGGUAACUAUAUUCUACUGAAUGUCUUCUUGGCCAUUGCAGUAGACAAUUUGGCUGACGCUGAAAGUUUGAAUACUGCUCAGAAGGAGGAAGCUGAAGAAAAGGAAAGGAAAAAGAUUGCCAGAAAAGAAAGUCUGGAAAAUAAAAAGAACAACAAACCAGAAGUCAACCAGAUAGCCAACAGUGACAACAAGGUUACCAUUGAUGACUACAGAGAAGAGGAUGAGGACAAGGACCCAUACCCACCCUGUGAUGUGCCAGUAGGUGAUGAGGAAGAGGAGGAGGAAGAGGAUGAGCCCGAGGUUCCUGCUGGCCCCCGUCCUCGCAGAAUCUCUGAAUUGAACAUGAAAGAGAAAAUCGCCCCCAUCCCAGAAGGGAGCGCUUUCUUCAUUCUUAGCAAGACCAACCCGAUCCGCGUGGGCUGCCACAAGCUCAUCAACCACCACAUCUUCACCAACCUCAUCCUCGUCUUCAUCAUGCUGAGCAGCGCCGCCCUCGCCGCUGAGGACCCCAUCCGCAGCCACUCCUUCCGGAACACUAUACUGGGUUACUUUGACUAUGCUUUCACAGCCAUCUUUACUGUUGAAAUCCUGUUGAAGAUGACGACCUUUGGCGCUUUCCUCCACAAAGGCGCUUUCUGCAGGAACUACUUCAACUUACUGGAUAUGCUGGUCGUUGGGGUGUCUUUGGUGUCAUUUGGGAUCCAAUCCAGUGCCAUCUCUGUUGUGAAGAUUCUGAGGGUCCUAAGGGUCCUGAGGCCACUCAGGGCCAUCAACAGAGCGAAAGGACUUAAGCACGUGGUCCAGUGUGUCUUCGUGGCCAUCCGGACGAUUGGCAACAUCAUGAUCGUCACCACGCUCCUCCAGUUCAUGUUUGCCUGCAUCGGGGUCCAGCUCUUCAAGGGAAAGUUCUAUCGCUGCACAGACGAAGCCAAAAGUAACCCCGAAGAAUGUAGGGGGCUCUUCAUCCUCUACAAGGAUGGGGAUGUUGACAGUCCUGUGGUCCGUGAGAGGAUCUGGCAAAACAGCGAUUUCAACUUUGACAACGUCCUCUCGGCUAUGAUGGCCCUGUUCACGGUCUCCACGUUCGAGGGCUGGCCCGCGUUGCUGUACAAAGCCAUCGACUCGAACGGAGAGAAUGUGGGCCCCAUCUACAACUACCGCGUGGAGAUCUCCAUCUUCUUCAUCAUCUACAUCAUCAUUGUUGCAUUCUUCAUGAUGAACAUCUUCGUGGGCUUCGUCAUCGUCACAUUUCAAGAACAGGGAGAGAAAGAGUAUAAGAACUGUGAGCUGGACAAAAAUCAGCGUCAGUGUGUUGAAUACGCCUUGAAGGCACGUCCGCUGCGGAGAUACAUCCCCAAAAAUCCCUACCAGUACAAGUUCUGGUACGUGGUGAACUCCUCGCCUUUCGAAUACAUGAUGUUUGUCCUCAUCAUGCUCAACACACUCUGCUUGGCCAUGCAGCACUACGAGCAGUCCAAGAUGUUUAAUGACGCCAUGGACAUCCUGAACAUGGUCUUCACCGGGGUGUUCACUGUCGAGAUGGUUUUGAAAGUCAUUGCAUUUAAGCCUAAGGGGUACUUUAGUGACGCCUGGAACACCUUUGACUCUCUCAUCGUAAUCGGCAGCAUUGUAGACGUGGCCCUCAGCGAAGCCGACCACUAUUUCACUGAUGCAUGGAACACUUUUGAUGCCUUAAUUGUUGUUGGUAGCGUCGUUGAUAUUGCUAUAACUGAAGUGAAUAACUCUGAAGAGAGCAAUAGAAUCUCCAUCACCUUUUUCCGUCUUUUCCGAGUGAUGCGAUUGGUGAAGCUUCUCAGCAGGGGGGAAGGCAUCCGGACACUGCUGUGGACUUUUAUUAAGUCCUUCCAGGCGCUCCCAUAUGUCGCCCUUCUCAUCGCCAUGCUCUUCUUCAUCUACGCGGUCAUCGGCAUGCAGAUGUUUGGGAAAGUGGCCAUGAGAGAUAACAACCAGAUCAACAGGAACAACAAUUUCCAGACCUUUCCCCAGGCGGUGCUGCUGCUGUUCAGGUGUGCGACGGGGGAGGCCUGGCAGGAAAUCAUGCUAGCCUGCCUCCCGGGGAAGCAGUGCGACCCCGACUCGGAUUACAACCCUGGGGAGGAGUACACAUGUGGGAGCAACUUCGCCAUCGUUUAUUUCAUCAGUUUUUACAUGCUCUGUGCAUUUCUGAUCAUCAACCUCUUCGUGGCUGUCAUCAUGGACAAUUUUGAUUAUCUCACCCGGGACUGGUCUAUUCUGGGGCCUCACCAUUUAGACGAAUUCAAACGGAUCUGGUCUGAGUAUGACCCUGAGGCAAAGGGAAGGAUCAAGCACCUGGACGUGGUCACUCUGCUCCGCCGCAUCCAGCCUCCCCUGGGCUUCGGGAAGCUGUGUCCACACCGGGUAGCCUGCAAGAGACUGGUUGCUAUGAACAUGCCACUCAACAGUGAUGGGACAGUCAUGUUUAAUGCAACUCUGUUUGCUCUGGUUCGAACGGCUCUUAAAAUCAAGACUGAAGGGAACCUGGAACAAGCAAAUGAAGAACUCCGAGCUGUGAUCAAGAAAAUUUGGAAGAAAACCAGCAUGAAACUGCUUGACCAAGUUGUCCCUCCAGCUGGUGAUGAUGAGGUAACCGUGGGGAAGUUCUAUGCCACUUUCCUGAUACAGGACUACUUUAGGAAAUUCAAGAAACGGAAAGAACAAGGACUGGUGGGAAAAUACCCCGCGAAGAACAGCACAAUUGCCCUACAGGCGGGAUUAAGGACACUGCACGACAUUGGGCCAGAAAUCCGGCGUGCUAUAUCAUGCGAUUUGCAAGAUGAUGAGCCUGAGGAAACAAAACGAGAAGAAGAAGAAGAUGUGUUCAAAAGAAAUGGUGCCCUGCUUGGAAACCAUGUCAAUCAUGUUAAUAGUGAUAGGAGAGAUUCCCUUCAGCAGACCAAUACCACCCACCGUCCCCUGCAUGUCCAAAGGCCUUCAGUUCCACCUGCAAGUGAUACUGAGAAACCGCUGUUUCCUCCAGCAGGAAAUUCGGUGUGUCAUAACCAUCAUAACCAUAAUUCCAUAGGAAAGCAAGUUCCCAGCUCAACAAAUGCCAAUCUCAAUAAUGCCAAUAUGUGCAAAGCUGCCCCAGGAAAGCGGCCCAGCAUUGGGAACCUUGAGCUUGUGUCUGAAAACGGGCAUCAUUCCUUCCACAAGCAUGGCCGUGAGCCUCACAGAAGGUGCAGUAUUAAAAGAACCCGCUAUUAUGAAACUUACAUUAGGUCUGACUCGGGAGAUGAGCAGUUCCCGACGAUUUGCCGGGAGGACCCGGAGAUACACGGCUACUUCAGGGACCCCCGCUGCCCGGGGGAGCAGGAGUAUUUCAGCAGUGAGGAGUGCUAUGAGGAUGAUAGCUCGCCCACCGGGAGCAGGCAAAGCUACAGCUGCGGCUACUAUAACCGAUACCCAGGCAGCAGUUUGGACUUCGAGCGGCCUCGAGGCUACCAUCACCCCCAAAGCUUCUCAGAGGAUGAUGACUCGCCCGUUGGCUACGAUUCCCGGAGGUCUCCGAGGAGACGCCUACUACCUCCCACCCCUACAUCCCACCGCAGGUCCUCCUUCAACUUCGAGUGCCUGCGCCGGCAGAGCAGCCAGGAGGAGAUCCCGCCGUCCCCCGCCUUCCCGCCCCGCACGGCCCUGCCGCUGCACCUGAUGCAGCAACAGAUCAUGGCAGUCGCCGGCCUAGAUUCCAGUAGAGGCCAGAAGUACUCGCCAAGCCACUCUACCCGGUCGUGGGCCACCCCGCCGGCCACGCCGUCCUAUCGGGACUGGACGCCGUGCUAUACCCCGCUGAUCCAGGUCGAGCGGCCGGAGGCCCCAGACCAGGUCAAUGGCAGCCUGCCGUCCCUGCACCGCAGCUCGUGGUACACGGACGAGCCCAGCGUCUCCUAUCGGACGUUCACACCAGCCAGCCUGACCGUCCCCAGCAGCUUCCACAACAAGAACAGCGACAAGCAGAGGAGCGCGGACAGCCUGGUGGAGGCAGUUCUGAUAUCUGAAGGCUUAGGACGGUAUGCGAGGGACCCAAAGUUCGUGUCGGCGACAAAACACGAAAUCGCCGAUGCCUGUGACUUAACCAUCGACGAGAUGGAGAGUGCAGCCAGCAACCUGCUGAACGGGAACGUGCAUCCCCGGGCCAACGGAGACGUGGGCCCCGUUUCACUCCGGCAAGACUACGAGCUCCAGGACUUCGGGCCUGGCUACAGCGACGAGGAGCCAGACCCCGGGAGGGACGAGGAGGACCUGGCAGAUGAAAUGAUUUGCAUCACCACCCUGUAG